CUAAUGCCACCGAGUAGGCAAGGAUUAGUACCGGAUCCCGAUCUUGAUAACGUGGGCUUAGUGGGAGUGGGAGUUAUAGUGGGCUCAGGAGUCAGGAUCGCCGUACUUGUUCCAAUUUCUUGUCUAAAGAGGCAGACGUUCCGUCCGUAGACCAAGGUUUCGUUUGUCUCAGACUCUCUGCUCUGUGCUCUCAAGUCUCAACCAACAUCCAACACUCAGCGUGCGUAAAGGCGUCUGUUAUUGCCAGAAUCAGCGAUUCCAAAACUCGUCGGUUGAACUCUGGAUGAAUUAGUAAUCGUGCACUGCGAAAAUAAUAAUAUGUAGUAGGGGUGGUUGCAGCGUUGUAGACCGUGGAAGAGGGUUGGGAAACGAUGGAAUGCGCUGCGAAGGGACGGGGAACGCGCUGCAUCGGUCCAGCUACAAGACGUUGUGGUCGUUGCGGAGCCGUCGCUUACUGUUCCGUUUCUCACCAGCUUUCACAUUGGAGAGAUCACAAACAAGAAUGUGAAAGGUUAGAACUACAAAUGAGGUCCGCAGAGGUCUUGCACGAUUUCCCCUUUACAUUCUCUAAGGAAGCUACGCUCCAGGUUUGUGAAAAACAGGUGACUCGUUGCUCCUUUUUGAUGACAAGGAGACUUCAUCUUGUCGGAAUGUGGAAAUAUGAAUGUAGUUGUGGGACUUCGGUUGCUUCUUCUGACCAUUUAAGGAUAAUUGAUGAUUGGAAUCUUCCAAGCACUUUAUGCCCAUGCUGUGAGCCAAUAACUCCAAUAUCAAUCUGUUUGAGAAGUUGGAAAGACUACUAUGAGUGGCGGUGCCUCCCAUUGCAUUCACCUGUUGCUUUGUUACUCCACUGGACACUUACAGUAUACCAUGCUAUUCAACUUGCUACUAUAACAAGAUCAGUUGAUGGAAGUAGCAACAAGAUCCAUAUUCACUAUCUAGGGCCUGAUAAAGAACUUCUUCAACUUGCCGGAUUUGCAGAGUUACAUGCACUUUUUCCUGGUAUACAGGUGCAUAUGGAACUUGUUGGACCAGCAGUUCCGCAAUUUAGGGAUGGUGAGAGGAUUGAUCUUAGGAGUUAUGUUCAUUGUGUUGAGGUAGAUUGCUCUUGCAAAUCUUCUAGUGAUAAUGCCAGUCUUCUAGUUUCCCAUGGCAGAAAUUCAGCAGUGACUAUGCGGCUUCAUAAAGGUUUCUAUCAUGAUAGAUAUAAAGAAAUAGUGAAGGAAUCCUUUCCUCAUCUAAUCAUUGCUUCAAAUGCUGGCAUUGCUGCUUAUUCUAGCUGGUUACCAACAAUAGAGACAAUAAAGGAGAUGGAUGUCCCCGCUAUUUUUUCUGAUUACUGUGAAGAAGCUGCGCAUUUGGCUGCGUGUUGUAUUAGCUCUGUAACAAACCGUCCUCUGAGGCUUCCUCAGGUUCAAUUAAAUCCAUUUAGGCAGCCAAUGGCGGUGGAAGAUAGUGCUUUGUUUCUCCCUUGCUACUCAAAUUGCUUCGUCUUUGGUAUGUAAACUAAGCACGCUUAAGUGAUGAAUUGGUGUUUGCUAUAGGCUCGGAAUUUCCAUCCAAGGAGCAGUAAGAAAACAGAAAUUCUUCAGGCUUGGUGAUUGUAAUCAGUUUGCACUGACAAAGAAGACUAGUAGAUCGAGUUUGAUGUACAAUCAAACUAUAUGUGGUAAAUGGUACCUGAGGCAGUCUCCAGGAGAUGAAUUGGCAAUUUUUGGUAGUCUGAAAGACUGAAACUUCAUGUGACAUUUACAGUGAGCCUUUGGUGCAUUCCAUUUAGUGGCAGCCAUCGGUACGUUCCAUUUGGUGAAGAUCUUUUGUAUUAUAGGAUCGGUGACACAAUGUGAUUACAACCUAUAAUCAAAAUGCACAUUUCAUUAGACUAAAUCUUUUCUAUAGUGAAAUUUGACAUUUUUACUGAUA